AUGUCUGCCCCCGAUAAUCCGGGCGCAAGCCCCAAUGCCGACGAUCGUGCCAAAGCUGCCCGACUCGUCACGGCUAUCAAUUACCGAGCAAAGGCUCUUGAGCUCUCCCUCGCCGCUUGGCCCGUUUUCGAACAGUCAGCCGGCACCAACACCUCAGGCCUGGCCUGCGCACUCGUCGUCAUGCGACACCUACUCUGCCACUUCCCAUCUCCCGCCCGGGAUGCUUAUCUCGCCGAAGUGGGUGCGGAAGCCGUCGCCGAGAACAUGCUGCUCACAGCGGCCAUCAGCACCGACCGAGAGGUCGCCUCGGAGCUGUGCCAGCGUCUUCAGGACUCACUCCAUCCUGACGAGCUCUCAUUCGAGCGUCUGAUGGAUGCCGAGAUAAUGCAGGCCACCGCCUGGAAAACCCGAUACUUUUGCUUCUUUGGCGAUUCGUACGAACGGGAUUCCAAGCAAGAGCCCUGGCGUCCGCUGCCGGACAGUGCCAUGCCUGUGACAGAAAAGGACUUCCUUACAUGGGAUGGAGUUCAGAAGAAGACCAUCGGGGAAUACAUCAACAUCUUUUCCACCUCUCUUGUCUAUCACGAGACAGGCCGCGAGCUAGUCAAGUUUACCAACGCUCCCUUGGUACUGCGCAUCGUCUUGGCCAACAAGAACCCGACGCUGGACUUAUAUCGCGACCUGUUUCGGUUCACACUAUGGCUAGUGAGUCGAGGACAUGCGCCUCGCCGUUCCUUCUCGUACAGCUGCGCCGCGGCAGUGAGGGUUAGGGCCACGCCUGAUGGUAAUGACAGCCUCCGUCUAUACAACUCGGACGGUAGCCACUUUCGGCCAGAGGGCGGUACACUCCCGUGGUCCGACACCUGGCGCGUCGAAGACGGGGAUCGGUACGUCCUCUUCUUCAUCCGUUUCGACGCAUUUCCGGAAGACCCAGCCCCCUUGGCGGAAUCAAACCGCAACACGGAGGGUUUGGCACUUGUCCGUCUCGCACGCGCGGAUGAGCUCCGGAAGGUCUCCGAGCAGCAAGCCGCCGGUGAUUCACCACCACCGGUUCGUGUGUCCCCGGAAGCAGAGAGCGUCCCGGCGCAAAGCCCAUCUCCACAGCCAACACCAAUCCGGCGUAAUCCCAUGCUGGGCGCUUGUUCCUCGGUGGAGCAAGGUGUCGGCCUCUUUGGUGCCUCGGCCAGCGUUUUGAGCAGUUGGCAGGCCGAAGCCGCCAAGCUAGCGGCGGGCUCGACCAGCAACGCCCUCGGCGACCGUGGCGAUACCGAUGUGGACACCCAAGCGACACGGGCAAACUCGCAGAGUAACGAGCCUGUUAACACUUUUGGUGGGCCCAAUUCGUUCGGCACGAACCGAGGGCCACCCCCCUUCGCCUCAUCUGGCAACGCUCGGCGAACGCACCGAGGCAGGCGACACUCAAAAAGGAAUAUCGCCACCGACGCCAACCAAGAGGCCAUCCUAAACCCCAGGUUGACAUUGGCAAACUCCGGCAACCGCCAGGAUGCCCCUGCUCUGGACGACGACCGGCAGGAGCGCAUCGCGCCGCGCCAGCGGACUCCAUCAUUCGGCGAAAGUCCUCGGCGCCAUAUCCCCGAGUUCGUCCGGAGGUCCCUGAGCCCGGCGCGCAACCCCCGACAGAACAGUAGGACGUACGGCCGCAACCCAAGGGAUUACGAUACUGGCGAGCGGGAUUAUAGCCGGCGGAGAUAG